GACUACAGGAUAAAUCAUGUGACUGAAUCAGUAAGGAAAACCGCGGAGUGUGUUUCUGAGUGGGCAUUAAAACACAGCUCAGGAUGUUUCUACCUGGAGGGCCUGGGGUGCUCGGUGCUUUGUGCUUGUGUGCCGUGUUUAACACGGUGGACAGCGGCAUGCUCUUCCCCCAGGAGUCCUCCUCCAGAGAGGUGAAGGAGCUGAACGGACUGUGGGACUUCAGGGCUGACAAGUCCCCAAACAGGAACCAGGGCUUCGAGAGGGCAUGGUACAAAAGUCGACUGGCAGAGACUGGCCCAGUGAUCGACAUGCCAGUUCCUGCCAGCUACAAUGAUAUCACCCAGGAUCCCUCUCUAAGAGAUUUUACUGGUUGGGUAUGGUAUGAGCGCGAGGUAGUAGUCCCUGCCCGCUGGGUCGCAGAUGAAGGAACAAGAGUGGUUCUCAGAGUGGGAAGUGCUCACUAUUACUCAAUAGUGUGGGUGAACGGGGUGAAAGUGACCGAGCAUGAAGGUGGCCAUCUUCCUUUUGAGGCUGAGAUAGGCAGUUUAAUCCGCAAGGACCCAACUACGCCGUGCAGGAUCACCAUUGCUGUCAACAACACCCUGACUCUGAAGACUCUCCCUCCAGGAACCAUCCAGUACAUGAGCGACCGCACCAAGUAUCCUGAUGGGUUUUUUGUGCAAAACAUCUACUUUGAUUUCUUCAACUAUGCUGGGAUACAUCGUCCUGUGUUGCUGUAUACUACUCCUAAGGCGUAUGUGGAUGACAUCACUGUGGUGACGGACUUCUUGGAUAACACAGGUCUAGUUAAAUACACAGUAUCAGUCCAAGGUGCUACCACAGCCACCCUGAAGGUCACUUUGAUGGACAAAGACAGACACUGUGUAGCCUCUUCCAGCGACCAGUCAGGAGUGCUCAAAGUGGUAGAUGUCAAGCUGUGGUGGCCGUACUUGAUGCAUGAGAAUCCAGGCUAUCUUUACUCUUUGGAGGUUCGCUUAAUGGCAGCUGAUGAGAGAUCAACACAAGAUGUGUAUACUCUACCAGUUGGCAUCCGCACUGUUAAUGUUACCAGCACCCAGUUCCUCAUCAACAACAAGCCCUUUUAUUUCCAUGGAGUCAAUAAACACGAGGACUCUGAUAUUCGAGGUAAAGGCUUGGACUGGCCCCUGAUUGUCAAGGACUUUAACUUAAUGAAGUGGUUGGGGGCCAACUCAUUCCGUACCAGCCACUACCCCUAUGCUGAGGAGAUCCUUCAGAUGUGUGAUCGCCAUGGUAUCGUAGUGAUAGAUGAGUGCCCGGGGGUGGGCAUCAAAGACAUUCGUAGUUUUGGAAACGCCUCCCUCACCCAUCACCUGGCUGUCAUGGAUGAGCUUGUACGCCGGGACAAGAAUCAUCCCUCUGUGGUCAUGUGGUCAGUAGCUAAUGAGCCCGCUGCAGAGAUGCCCCCUGCUGAAUAUUAUUUCAAGACGUUGAUAAAACAUACCAAAGGUCUGGAUCCUACUCGGCCCGUUACUUACAUCACAGACAGUAACUAUGCCAGGGACAAAGGGGCUCCCUAUGUGGAUGUAAUCUGUGUAAACAGUUACUUCUCCUGGUACCAUGAUCCAGGCCACCUGGAGGUCAUCCCCAUCCAGCUCAACACUCAGUUUGAGAACUGGUAUGGAAAGUACCACAAACCCAUCAUUCAGAGUGAAUAUGGAGCAGAUGCAGUGCCGGGGCUUCACAGUGAUCCACCCAUGAUGUUUACUGAGGAGUACCAGAACGUAGUCCUGCAGAAAUACCACGACGUGUUUGACCAGAAGAGGAAGCAGUAUGUUAUUGGUGAACUCAUCUGGAACUUUGCUGAUUUCAUGACUGCACAAGGGAUCACCCGUGUGGUGGGGAACAAAAAGGGUGUUUUCACCAGGCAAAGACAGCCCAAAGCUGCAGCAUUCAUCCUGAAGGAGAGGUACUGGAGACUGGCAAAUGAAACGGGAAUACUACCCCCUUGGACCAAAUACCCCUGCUCGCUCUGACACACACCACUGUUGGGCCACCCAGUUCAGGACAGGCUCAGUCCCAUGUAAGCACUAUGCCUUAUGGAAAAAUGCUGGUAAAAUUCAGUCAGAGGACAUUUACUUAUGCACAUACAUUAUUCCUUUGAGUGUGUAUCUAAGGCCAAACCACCACAGAACACAAGUUAGCUAUGUUAUUCCUGUGGUCUGCACUAUGACCAACACUAUGUUCAGGGUUUUUCUAGCAAUUUGGAACAUUUUUCUGAACAUAUAAACAUUUUUUGAUGCUGAUAAACAUCAGCCACUAGUUCUUCAUCAAUAGUGGUAAAAUCAUAAUAAGGAUACACCUGAGUUAAGACUGGGGGGAUUUGUUUAGUUGUUACAGGAUCUACAGAUAUGGGAGGUGGUGUGUUUCAGUUGAUGCCAUAAAAAGGUCAGGUCAAAAACCAAUCAGAAUCUUGCUGCAUCAGUGAUUAGUUCUGAACUUUCCUCCAGCCAGAUGAUAUGAGUACAGCCGGCUGACACAGGACAUAACAUUAUAAAGACACUGUAAAGGAAACAAGUCACCACACUAGUUCCUUUGUCUGUUUAAGGGAACAUUUUCCAUCACAACAAAAUCUGUUAAUGUUUCAGGAGUUUGACAUAAAACCUGGAUUGGAAGUUGUUUUCAAAAAUGUGAACCUCUGUCAUUCCUGUGCUUUGACUGUGUGUUUUAGGUUGUUUUGAGGAUAAAACUACUUAAUACAUGUGAUAUUGAUGUGAACUACAAUGCUGAAUAUAAUCAGAAAAGUGCUUUAUUUUCAUAUGUGCAAAUCAGCUGAAGAAAAAAAAUCACUUUUGAUAUGAAUUGAGGUAUUAAAAACCAAAUGUGAUCUAUAUGGAAAUGUAUUUUUGAGGUUUUAAAACCAUAUCUAACAUUUUCAACAUUCCUAAUGGAGCAGUUUUGUAGAAGAUGUAUAUACACACGUAUAUCUUUACAGUCUGUCUUCUCAAAUCAUAGUGACUGAAUGUUUUCAAAAACUCUAUAUAAUAUGUAACCUAGAGGGUUAAGUGACGUGUUGAUUGUUGAUGGUGGCGUGACUGUAAUCAGAUCUGUCACUAUCAGUGACUCUGCUUGUGCCCUCAUUACAUGAUUGACCUUUGUGUUACAGCUGGACAAAUACUGAAUAUUAAGACUACGGCUUCAAUUUUUGUUCAAACAGCAACUGGGCGUGUCCUUACUUAAAGACGUUCUAUUAAGGGCUUUAAUUUGUCAAAACAAAAUGUGAAAAGCAAUAAAACAGCCUUUUUUCCUUGGA